AACCAUUCUUCUCUUAACUAAUUCACUGAUCAGACAUUACAUUAUUUGAGGUCAGUGCUUAAUAGAUAGUGGUUUGAAUAUAUAGUAAUUUAUCUAUAGAAAUCUAUAUUGAAGGAUUUAAAGUUUGUAAAAAUAAUUUGGGAUUUUAAACGUUAAAGGCCAGUUUGUGAUAUUUUACAGAGGUAGUACUGUUGUGUAAACCAGAGGCUUCCAGCAUGGAGUACCUUGGACACACUCAAACUGCCACAUAUAUGACGGGUCCACGUCUAGGCAGUAGUAAUACACAGACCUUUCUUCCUUCCAUAAGCACAAUGCAGUCCUCUUACAAAGCACAUGAUAAUGCUGCAGCUCCAUCACAACUUAGGCGAUCUCUCACAACACUGCCAUGGAGACCAAGCACAUACUACCAAACUGCCAGAGUAAACCCUAGCUCAGCUCUCGCUCGUAGCAUGCCAGAUCCCAUGUCGGCAAGAAAUCAACUCUCUGAAUUGGACAGUAUUAAAGUGCCGCCAGUGUUUGCUGCAGCAAGAAAUGCUCUGUACACGCGUUAUACUCCUAAUGAUUGGUCUAACUCUAACCAAGGUAAUUACUUAUCCUCGGAUAGAGUUAGGUCAACAGCUGAACGUCUUAGAUUGGACACUGUACGUCUUUGUCGCGAAACUGAUGACAAAACAAGAAGAACACAGGGCGAUGUAGGCAAACGUCUUGGUGAAAGAAUAGGAGAUAUCCACUUCUGGAAGACAGAAUUAAGUAAUGAAACUGAUAACAUGAUUGCUGAGAUAAAUGCAUUACAAGAGGCAAAGAGAGUGUUAGAAAAGGCUCUACAGGAGACAGAAAACCCACUGCACAUCUCACAGGAAUGUCUGUAUCACAGAGAAAAGAGACAGGGAAUUGAUCUGGUGCAUGAUAACCCAGAAAGAGAAUUAAUCAGGGAGGUAGAUAUCAUUAAGAGAUGCCAGGAAAAAAUGAGGACCACCAUAGACAAGGCAAAUGCUCAACUUGGUCUGAACCGAGCAGCACAGCAUGAGCUUGAGCGUGAUACUGGCGACAAAUUUGUAGCACAGAGCCUGGAUGAAACAUGUCAUGGUCUUAGGAACUCUUCACGUGGUAUUGCCUAUCAUAACGGUGUUGAGCGAAUUGAUAACACAUUAUCAGUACCCGAAUCAUGGGCUCAGUUCAGUAACAACAACAUCCAGCGUUCACAGAGUGAGAGGGCAGCUUCUAAGAAUAUGCGUAAUGAGAUUGAGAGUGUACUCAACUCAUGCGCCAAUGAGAUGUGGCAAGAAUGGAACUCUGUCAACGUGGCUCUUACACAGAGAAUGCAGGAGUCCACCGAUGCCAGGAACAGAUUACAGACACAUUUAUCUAAGGUAUUACAAGAGAUAUUUGAUAUGGAGAAGAACAUCGAGUUCCUCAAGAAGGCCAUCCAAGAUAAGGAAGCACCAAUGCAGGUAGCCCAGACAAGAUUGGAUACCAGAAUACGCCGACCAAACGUUGAGUUGUGUAGAGAUCCAGUACAACACAGACUCGUUGAGGAAGUGAACGAGAUCUCCGAAACUGUCGAGUCUCUUCAGAACAAACUGCGUAUGGCUGAGAAUUCUCUGCAGCAGCUCCUUAGAACAAAGGCCUCUUUGGAACAGGACCUCAGUAUCAAGAAUAACUCCCUCUUUAUUGACAGAGAGAAGUGCUUGGGAAUGAGAAAAACUUUCCCAAUGUCACCAAGAGUUGUGUCCCUUUAAACGGGAAAAUGCCUUAAGACUGUAGCAAGACUUAAAACUUUUUUUCAAUUUUUCGAAAACUUUAAGAAUUUUGUCUAAAAUUGUUUAUGACACUGUAAGAUAUGAAAUCAUGAGAAAAUGAGAACAUUUAUUGGCGGAAGAGUUGUUAAGAGAUAAUAUUAUGUUGUUUUUUGAGUCAAUUGUUAAUUUGUUAUGUUUAUUCAUUUUAAUUAAUGACAUUCAUAAGUUUUUUUUACAUAUAUAUCAAUGUAAAUUUUGUUCUCUGUGUUAAAACCGAGAUCAAUAUUUAGUUGAAUGUUAAAUGUGCAAAUUAUUUUUGAUGCAUAAUUAUUAUUAUUAUUAAUAACACUUGGUGUAUUUUCUUUUUUAAUUAAAAUUGUGUGCAUCAAUGAAAAUUAAUCAGUAUUAAUUAAUAGCUGUGACUAUUUCUUAUGUGAAAUCAGGUUUGAUAAUUUGUCCUUUGUUUUCGAAUUUUACUUACCAAAACUAUCGGUUAUUUACAGCUCUUAUGUUGUAAUGGAUUCAAUUUUAAAGGACAUUUUAGUUAGUAACCAUCAAUUAACAAAAGAAACCAAUGAAUCAUGUUCAUGAAUUAUAUUAACAAUUUCUAAUAUAUAUCUGAAUAACGUAAAGUUAUCCAAAUUUUACAUAGGAUAUUUCACAGUAUGAUCUAAAUCACCUAGCAGUAUUACCCCCGUCCCCUCACUUUUUUCCAUGUGUGCACGUAUCUAGUAUUUUUUAUUUCUUUAAACUAAGCUUUUUUGUUUUGUGUUCACAUAUUAUCAUUGUAUAAAGCAUUUGAUGCUUAAAAUUCAUAUCUUUGUUGGUUUGUUACAAUUGUAUGCCCUUUUCGCGACAUGUCUGUGAUAUAUAUAUAGCAUAGGUCUGUCCGUCCAUUUUUGUAUUUACAGUAUUCCUUUAUAUAACUUAUCAAAUUUUACCCUGUGUUAUGCCCUUUUCGCGACAUGUCUGUGAUAUACAUAGCAUAGGUCCGUCCGUCAAUUUUGUAUUACGAUAUUUCUUUAUAUAACUUAUAAAAAUUUUAUAAUUGUUUUUCUUUUUUAUGUGUGUCUGUUAUCAUAUCUAAAACCACACUUUAUACCAGUUUUUAAAUCUUUGUUACUUGUUUUUUUUUUCUUUGUUUAAUUUUCACUUGAAAGAAUUGCUCAAGUAUUUAUGAAUUACGUUAUGUUAAAAUUAUAUUUUGAAAAUAAAACAAGAUCAAUAUAUUUUUACACACGCAUAUAAAGACCUAAAGAAUGGUUCAAAUAAUUAAAAUCACUGUUUAAUUUAUUAAGCAUAAGUAGUAAAUUUUGAAUAGAUGUGUCUCUGAAUUUGCAAAAAUGUAAUAAACAAGCUUCUCUUGAAAGGUUCCUGACCUAUGUUUGACCCCCUCCUGUUUGAAAACAUGUUACCCUUACCCCCCUUGCUCAUUUAAUAUCAUAUGAACGCUUUAUCUGUUUAUAUCUGUAUGGUUGAAAAGUGAAAUAAAGUUUAUGCAGUGAG